GCGGCCGCUUUCCGGCUGUGAUAUCCGGGAGCCGGCGCCCAUGCAGGCUCGGCAGCAGCGGAGCGCCUGAGGGGGUUCGGCGGCCGCCGCCAUGUUCGGCUGCCUGGUGGCUGGCAGGCUGGUACAAGCAUCUCCCCAGCAAGUGGCUGAAGACAAGUUUGUGUUUGAUUUACCGGACUAUGAAAACAUCAAUCACGUAGUGGUCUUCAUGCUGGGGACGAUACCAUUUCCAGAUGGAAUGGGAGGAUCUGUGUAUUUCUGUUAUCCGGACCAGAAUGGGAUGGCAGUGUGGCAGCUGCUGGGGUUUGUCACUAAUGAGAAGCCAAGUGCCAUCUUCAAGAUUUCUGGUCUGAAAUCUGGCAAGGGAAGUCAACAUCCCUUUGGUGCCAUGAACCUCCCUCAGACACCCACGGUGGCCCAGAUUGGAAUCUCAGUGGAACUGCUGGAGAACCUGGCUCAGCAGACUCCUGUUGCAAGUGCUGCUGUGUCAUCAGUAGAUUCAUUCACAGAGUUCACUCAGAAGAUGUUGGACAACUUCUAUAACUUCGCUUCCUCGUUUGCUGUUACUCAGGCACAGAUGACCCCAAACCCCUCUGAAGCUUUCAUUCCUGCAAAUGUAGUCCUGAAAUGGUAUGAGAACUUCCAGAGACGUCUGACACAGAACCCUCUCUUCUGGAAAACAUAAGCUGACACUGUGUCAUUUGGAGCGAUUUCCAGUGUUACCAGGAGGAUAACAGCAGCAGUAACUUCAUUGGAGAACUUUUGGGAAAGGAAACAAGAAACGAUUAGUCCAGAGAGACAAACCUGGAUCAUUCGUAUUACUCUUGGAACUUAUUUAAACUUAAAAUCAGUGAAAACUGCUUGCUUGUGUUGGGUUUUUUUUAUGCAAUAAACCACUAUUCCAUGUGCA